UCUCCUCAACACAACAACAAACAGAAUCAGGCAACAAUCGACCUACCAUCGAUCUUUCCAAGCGAUCGACGUCGACUUCACCAUCUCAUCAUGGCACGCCGUGGCGGCUUCUUCGGGUAUGACCCGUAUGACUACUACUACCCGAGCUCCUACGGCUACGAGGCCUACCCGUACUACGCCGAUCCCUUCUUCCUGGACGCCCAGCCUCUUGUCACGGAGCGGCUGCGCCCCGCCCGCCGGAGGGCCCCGGCGCAGCAUGACGGCGGCUUCUUCCCUGGCUUCGGCGCCGCCGAGCCGGCCGCGCGGACCACGGCGCAUCCCAGGCCUAGCAGCGGGUCUCCGAAGAGCUGCCCGGACUGCUUUGAGGUCGAGGUCACGGGUCCCGACUCCGACUCGCCACCGGCGAUUCCAAAGAAGACGGCGCCGUCCGCGGAGGAGGCCGCGGUGAGGGUGCAGGCGGCGGCGCGCGGGCUGCUCGCUCGUCGCAUGGUGCGGGAGGUGCGCGCGGUGGAGCGGCAGGCGGAGGCCGUGGCCGCGCGGGUGGCGGCCGAGGCGGAGGUGCUCCGCGCGGACGCCCGUGCGCGGAUCGGCCUCGGGGAGGAGCUCAUGCGCCUGCUGCUGCGACUCGACGGCGUGCGCGGCGCCCGGGAGUACCGCAGGAGGGUCACCCGACGCGUGCUCGCGCUACAGGACGCGGUCGACACGCUCGAGGCCGCGCCCGCGGUGGUGACCGCCGAUGUUACGGAAGUUCAGGAUGCAGAGGAAGAAGCAGAGAGCGAGAUGGAGCCGGAGCUGCCGGUUGAGGACAAUACUGCGUCGGAUUUUCUGGUUGCCGAGACAACUGACACGGCGGCGAUGGAGGUUGACACGGCGAGUCCCGUCGUCGUCGACGAAGCCGGGCAGAACGAGACGGGACUGGUGGCCGAAGGCGAGAAGGCCUCGGAGGCGGAGGGCGAGUGGGAGAUGGUGGCAACAGGGGACGGCGACGUUUCCACCGGCGAGGAGGGCCCUGCACUACCAAAAGCGCAGCAGCAGCAGCAACAGGCACAGGAGGAGAAGAAGAAGCAGACGGUGACCACCGACGGGCUGGAUGCGAAGAAACUGAUGGAGAUGGUGGCGGCGCUGUGCGAGCGGAGCGCGCAGCAGUGCGUGCUCAUCGGGGCUCUGGCUGAGCGGGUCGACACGCUGGAGCGCUCCGUCCGGCGGGUGGAGGAGGCCGACCGGCGCAGACGGAGGAACAAGAAGACCAACAAGAACGGCAAGAAGAACACAAGUAGCUUCUACAGCGACUAGAUACGAUAAAUAGUUUCUACUAGCAUGAGGCUUCGAUUGGAUUUUUUUCAUUAGCUUUUAGUAAUCUUGCAUUUGUUUCAAUUUCAUUCAUUGUGUAAACAAACGUAAAUCAUGUCGGCAGAUUUUAUUAGUUUCAAUUGAGUUGUGUGAUGUUUGAGCUUCCAAA